AUGCGACUGCCCUCCAUCCUCUUGGCAGUGUCUGCGCUCACGGUUCUCGCGAGCGAUAGCGCUCUCGCUGCCGUCGCGGGUGCCAGCGAGGACGCGAAGGUCUCCACGAUGGCCUCCACGAUGGCGUCCCCGGACCUCGACGUGCUAGCUGUGAGCCACAGCGCCACGAGAUUUCUGCGCGGCCUCGAAAGCGUGGGUGAAGUCGACGAAGAUAGAUUGGCCGGUGAUAAACUGUUCCACGCUGCGAAGCUCAAGAGAGCGAUGGAUGACUCCAAGUACGCUGAGACUCUGAUGAAGAGGUGGAAGCGUCACGGUUACGACAUUGAAAAAGCAAAAAGCAUACUGGACGUCUCCCGAUACGCGAAGAACGAGAAACUCAACGCUAUCUACCUCAAAUACGCUGCUUGGCUCGAUACGCACUUCUCACGCCUCCCAGGUGUCAAACCUUCGGGUGGAGACGACCUGUUCAACAAGGCAAAGCUCGAAGUGGCGAUCAAAGAUGGCAACUACAAGAGGACGUUGUUCAAGGAGUGGAAGACCCACAACUACGAAAGCGAGGCUGUGUUCAAACAGCUGAAUGCUUUGGGCCGAAAGGAUUUCGACAACACCUUGGACAGGUUAUACGUGGACUACGUGAUCUGGCUCAACGUCCACUUCCCGCAUCCGGACACACUCAAGCUGGCGAAUGAGCCGCUGUUGUUCAAGGAGUCGAUGCUCCUCAAAGCGAGGACUGACGUCGACUACGCUCAGUCUCUGUUCUGGGCGUGGAAAAAGAAUUUCAGCCUCGAGAAGGUCACCGAGAAUCUAAAGUUAACGUUUGCCAAUGCCGACAACAAGGUCCUGCGCGGAUACACCAACUGGCUCAUCAAUAAUUUCCAUUGA